AUGCCUCAGUGCAUCCCUGAGGUAUCGAGGCCGCAACUAGCCAUAACAAAAGCCUCCACCGGCCGCAGCUGUGUCCUCGACCACAUCGCGACUGUCUUCGUGCAAAUUGGUCUCACCACGGUGUGCGAGCGGGAACGAAUGUGGUUUCGUACGUCAAAGUCUAUGGACAACGAUGUGAAGACGCAGUUCAACAGCACCCUGGGGGCAAUGUUUCUAGGCCAGUUUGCCACCGCAGUGAACGAGCUAGUAGUUGGCAGGUUGUACGGCAUUACCAGUCUGCAGGCAUUUUUCUAUUACAAGCAGCACCCGAGAGACCCGCCCCUCAUACGAUGGCUAGUAUGCGGGUUGUGGUGCUUGGACAGCCUGCAUAUGGCGUUGAUCGAGUAUGCGGCGUACUACUACAUGGUUUUGAAUUUCGCGGAUCCGUUCGACAUUGUGAAGCCGAUCUGGAGUGUCAUGGUAUCUACUAACGCCUGUGUCAUUUCUCAGAAUCUUCAGCCACCGGCUAUGGAAAUGGAGUGGAAGGGGCAUCAUCUUGCCCUUGAUCAUUCUCGGACAGGGCGCAUUGUCCUUGUGGAUCACAGGCGAUGGAGCUUGUACGUCGGUUUUGGUCUCGAGGUAGUUGUGGACGGUAUCAUUACGGUGUCGCAAUGUCUCGUGCUGCGCCGCUUCCGCACUGGCAUCAGGAGCACGGACUCUAUCAUCUCCGUGCUCAUGGUCUACAGCAUCAACACUGGCAUGUUGACAAGUCUUUGUGCAAUCGUAUGCCUCAUCACUUACACGGUCCUUCCCAACAUGUUUGUCUAUUUUGUGUUCUACUUUGUCCUGAGCAAACUUUAUGUCAACUGUCUGCUGGCGAACCUCAACGCGCGGACGACCAUCCUCGAGGCCGGCCAUCGUCCGCUUGGAAAAUUUGAUGUCUCUGAAGCGACGACGACGGGGGAGAGUCAUUUCGGUUCUACGGCACCUCAGGCAAGCUGUACUGGGGUUCCAUUCCGCUUCCGCUUCCACUGA